ACUUAUCAAAAUGUUUGUAGUCUUUUUUGAAGUUUUAAUCUCAAAUUUCACAAAAAAGAAAAAUACAAAAACCGAUAAUGGCGUUUGCCGCGUUGUUUAUUUCGGCGACGAAGCUCGCCGGAAUAAUCAUGACGGUUUCUAUCGCAGCUAAUGCUUUCUCUUUCUCGCGUUACCGGAAAAAGCAUCUCCGACGGUUCGAUUCUCCCAUCGUUGAAUCCUCCGAUACUCUUGCUGAUUUUAAUGUCAACGGAGAGGAGGAAGAUGGGUUUUUCUUUGGAUUAGCAACAGCCCCAGCACAUGUGGAAGACAAGCUCAAUGAUGCUUGGCUACAGUUUGCUGAAGAAAAUCCUUGUCAUAAAUCAGAAAAAGGUGAUGAUGAUAUGAUGGAAGCUGAUGCAGUGAUUGGUGCUGCUGAUGGUGGCUCGCAUCAAGCUCCAUUAGCUAGGAAAGAGUCUAGCAAGAAGAAGAAGCCUCUUAAGGUUGCCAUGGAAGCCAUGAUAAGAGGGUUACAGAAGUUUGUAGAGGAUGAGUCUGAAGAAGAGACUGCUUCCAAGGAGGAAUGCAAUCAUAAUGUAGCUGCAUGGCACAAUGUUCCUCACCCGGAGGAGAGAUUAAAAUUUUGGUCUGAUCCUGAUAUAGAACUGAAUCUGGCCAAAGAUACUGGCAUUAGCAUCUUUCGGAUGGGAAUAGACUGGAGUCGAAUCAUGCCACAGGAGCCAGUUAAUGGGAUUAAGGAUGCUGUAAAUUUUGCAGCAUUGGAGCGAUAUAAAUGGAUCAUCAGCAGGGUUCGCUCUAAUGGAAUGAAGGUGAUGCUCACACUGUUUCAUCACUCACUGCCCCCAUGGGCUGGUGAUUAUGGUGGAUGGAAGCUGGAGAAAACUGUUGAUUACUUCAUGGACUUUACCAAGCUUGUCGUCAACAGCGUAUCAGAUAUGGUUGACUAUUGGAUAACAUUUAAUGAACCUCAUGUCUUCUGUAUGCUUACUUAUUCUGCAGGUGCUUGGCCCGGAGGCCAUCCUGAUAUGAUAGAGGCUGCCACUUCUGCUUUACCAACUGGAGUUUUUAGACAGGCCUUGCAUUGGAUGGCCAUUGCACAUUCAAAGGCCUACGACUAUAUCCAUGAACAAAGCAGCACAUUAUCAAAAAAAGUGGUUGGAGUAGCACAUAAUGUAUCAUUUACAAGGCCAUAUGGUCUCUUUGAUGUUGCUGCUGUUACAUUGGCCAAUUCUCUCACCCUUUUUCCGUAUGUGGAUAGUAUAUGUGACAAGCUGGAUUUUAUAGGCAUAAACUACUAUGGACAGGAAGUGAUAUCUGGAGCUGGACUAAAACUUGUAGAGACUGAUGAGUAUAGUGAAUCAGGGCGAGGGGUUUAUCCAGGUGGUUUGUUUCGCCUGCUAAUAGAUUUCCAUGAAAGAUACAAGCACCUUAAGGUUCCCUUCAUCAUUACGGAGAAUGGGAUUGCCGAUGAAACAGAUGUGAUCCGUAGGCCCUAUCUUUUAGAGCAUUUGCUUGCUGUUUAUGCAGCAAUGCUCAAGGGUGUCCCUGUGCUCGGUUACCUUUUUUGGACUAUUUCUGACAACUGGGAAUGGGCUGAUGGUUAUGGUCCCAAGUUUGGACUUGUAGCUGUUGAUCGUGCCAAUGGCCUUGUUCGGAUCCCACGUCCUUCAUAUUACCUCUUUACCAAGGUGGUAACCACAGGCAAAAUUACUCGUGAAGACAGGGAAAAAGCAUGGAAUGAACUUCAAAAAGCUGCUAAAGAGAAGCAAACAAGACCUUUCUAUCGGGAAGUUAAUAAACAAGGUUUGAUGUAUGCAGGAGGCCUUGAUGAACCUACACAAAGGCCUUUUAUUGAAAGGGAUUGGCGGUUUGGACACUACGAGAUGGAAGGACUGCAGGAUCCAUUAAGCCGUUUAUCCCGAUACCUUCUCCGUCCUUUCUCCCUCAGAAAGAAGAGAAAGCAUAAGAAAGUUAAUUCUGAAUUGGUUCUUGAGCCCCUUGAGCUAAGUGCCUGAUAGCUUAUCCAUGCUUUACUUAUAUAUCCUUCAACAUUGCUAUUCAACUGAGGAGUACUACAAUUUUAAAUCUAGGUAUAUGAACUCUAGAAUAGCGCCAAGCAGUCAGUAUAGGUACUUUUCCCUUAGAAGCUAAGGUUCAAGUUCUUGUAAUGAAAUAAAACAUGUCUGAUUUAAACCUGUUUAUGUAAUGAAACAGGUACUAUUCAGCUGUAACUCUUAAAUAUUUCUGUUCAUGGAAGAAAGAAACAAAACUGGAAA